UCUGCGUGGAGAAACUCUCGAAGCCCCGCCUGAGUACCAACGCGCAGGCGCAGGGGCGCGGGCCUUGCGCGACGGGCUCUGAUUGGCUGCCUCGGGCGGGAGCGCCGCCCAAUGGGAGGCGUGGAUAGUGAGGGGUCCCGCACGCCUGGUGUGGAGGGUCCGUGUCAAGAGCGGCAGGGGCUGCUCGGAGAUACCUGGCUGUAGUGGCUGUGAUAGGCCGAGGUGCGAGCAUUGAAGCAGGACUUGAUUGACAGGCUGGCACUGCCCUCCCCAUAAUGGCAGAGAUGGUGGCAGAGGCAGCUGAGAUGCUAAUACAGUCACCAGGAGCGGUGGAAAGUUCAGCUCCCGUGUCAGGAGAGCUGGCAGAGACGGCCACAGCGGUGGCCGAGAUGACCCCUGGGGAGGCGCUCGCCUCCUCCCUCUUCUUCCAACACCACCAGUUCAUGUGCUCCGAGUGUGGCAGCCUCUACAACACCCUGGAGGAAGUCCUGUCCCACCAGGAGCAGCACCUGCCCACCUUGUCAGAGGAGGAGGCGCUCACCGCCCAGGACACGGGCCUGGAGCCUGAGCCGGCGCCUGGCCCCGGGGACGGCCCUUUCCAGUGUGGAGAGUGCAGCCAGCUUAUCCUCUCCCCCAGUGAGCUCCUGGCACACCAGGAUGCCCACCUGCAGGAGUCUGCAAGCCAGAUCCAGUACCAGUGUGGAGACUGCCAGGAGCUCUUCCCCUCCCCCGAGCUGUGGGUAGCUCAUCGCAAGACUCAGCACCUUCCCAGCCCGGCAGACGAGCCACCCGUGCCCCCUCCUUUGCCGCCCCCAACGCCGCCCCCGCCGCCGCCAGAAGUCAAGAUGGAGCCGUAUGAGUGUCCUGAGUGUUCCACUCUGUGUGCCACCCCUGAAGAGUUCUUGGAGCAUCAGGGCACCCACUUUGACUCCCUGGAGAAAGAAGAGCGCAAUGGGUUAGAGGAAGAGGAGGAGGAGGAGGAGGAUGAAGAAGACACGGAUGAGGAGGUAGCAGCUGCAGAGCUCCCUGCUGAUGAUAUGGGAGGGGACAAGUCCGCAGCUGAUCCGCCUCAGGGCUGUGGGGAUUGCCCCCAGCACUGUAGCUCUCCGGGCGCUCCCCGCCCGCACCGACGGGCAUCUCGCGGCCCAGCAUCCGCCGCCCACCCGUUCCGCUGCAGCCAGUGUCAGCGUAGCUUUAGCUCUGCCAACCGGCUGGUGGCUCACGGUCGUGCCCACGUGGGCGGUACCCAUGAGUGCACCGCCUGCUCCAAGGUCUUCAAGAAGGCAGCCUCCCUGGAGCAGCACCAGCGGCUGCACCGCGGCGAGGCCCGCUACCUCUGCGUGGACUGUGGCCGUGGCUUUGGCACGGAGCUCACGCUGGUGGCCCAUCGGCGAGCCCACACGGCCAACCCGUUGCACCGCUGUCGCUGUGGGAAGACCUUCAGCAACAUGACCAAGUUCCUCUACCACCGGCGAACCCACACUGGGAAAAGUGGCACCCCCACCAGGGUAGCAGCUGUCUCCCCGGCGCCGGCCGAGCCCCCGCCCCCACCUCCGCCCCCACCUGCCCAGCUGCCCUGUCCACAGUGCCCCAAGUCCUUCGCCUCAGCCUCCCGGCUCUCCCGGCACCGGCGUGCGGUGCAUGCCCCCCCUGAGCGCCGGCACAGGUGCGGGGUUUGCGGCAAGGGCUUCAAGAAGUUGGUGCAUGUGCGCAACCACCUGCGGACGCACACAGGCGAGAGACCCUUCCAGUGUCACUCCUGUGGCAAGACCUUUGCCUCUUUAGCCAACCUCAGCCGCCACCAGCUGACCCACACGGGCGUGCGUCCCUACCAAUGCCUGGACUGCGGCAAACGCUUCACACAGAGCUCCAACCUGCAGCAGCACCGGCGGCUGCACCUGCGGCCGGUGGCCUUUGCGCGCGCCCCUCGCCUUCCCAUCACCGGGCUCUACAACAAGAGUCCCUACUACUGCGGGACCUGCGGCCGCUGGUUCCGUGCCAUGGCCGGCCUCCGGCUGCAUCAGCGGGUCCAUGCCCGAGCCAGGACUUUGACACUACAGCCUCCCCGCUCCCCCUCUCCGGUCCCACCCCCAACCCCUGAACCUCAGCAGACUAUCAUGUGCACAGAGCUUGGGGAGACCAUCGCCAUCAUCGAGACGUCCCAGCCACUGGCACUGGAGGACACGCUACAGCUGUGCCAGGCAGCCCUGGGGGCCAGUGAAGCGAGUGGCUUGUUGCAGUUGGACACCGCCUUUGUGUGACCAUCGUAGGGCCGGGGUGCAAGAUUGAGUAUAGGUGCCUCAGAGGGGAAGAGGACCCCUGUGGUGAGCUGAUCUGGCACCCACACCUGAGGAUCCAGCCCGCUGGCCUCCUCUAACUGCUGACUCCUCAGAACAAGGACAAGCCUGCUGGGUUUCUCCUGUCGCCGUUCUCUGCCCAAGGUGAAAGGAAGCGGUGUGCUCGGUCCCACUCACCCCUGCUGCUGCAUUGUAGAAGGGGGUUUGCCAAGGCUCUGCACAGCAUCACCCAGUGCUCAGCAACUUCAGGUAACCAUUAUGAGCACCAUCCGUACGCCAGGCCUGUGCCAGACACGCUCACACACCUCUUCAGAUCGUCUGCUUGUACCCCCACCCCCUUCCCUGGACUUUGGGUGCCUGGGACUUAGCUCUGCUGGGUACAGGAAGGCACAUAGUUCCCCUGGGCUUGCUUCUGUUUUGACAGUGUGAGAAGAAAUCUGUAGGCACCCCCAGUACUCAGUUCAGACUGGGUGGUGCGGAGCAGCCGGGAGCGAACCAGACGCAGCUCUGGACUCCGGCACGCUCAGUCCAGCGGGAGCAAGACCGAAGUACAGACAGCUUGCCUGCGAGCGGCCACCGGUUCAGUCAGCCUGUGUUCGCGGCUUCCCUAUGUGCCACGGGGCUACGGGCCAAAGGCCAGUGAGGCCUGAGGGUUCCUGGGCUGUGGCGGGGCAGGGCAGGGACAGUGGGGCCUGAGAGCAGGAGCAAGCCUCCAUGGGAAGCGAUGAAGGGUGGGAGACCCCUGGUGGCGCCAGUUCAAGUAAAAGCUGGAAUCUGCAGUGGAAGAGAACAUUUCAGACAGGCCAUUCAGUUAUUGCAGCACACACUCAGGAGGACACUUAGCAUUGUCCGUCAGGUCUGAGAUGGCCCUGUGUGUCAGCCGUCUUGUACAAGUAAGGAAACAGGACAGAGAAUUGCCCCGUCUCAAGCCGGGUAGAGGUGUGGUGAGAUUUGAAUGCAGCUCUUAGGUCGCUCUGUAUUUUUCUGAGCAAGACCUGAAACCCAAAUAGCAGUUGAUGUCAGGGGAUUUAUUCUCUUUGGAGAAUGUCACAGAGCAUUUGGGAUUUGAGGGGGCUUUGGAUGCAGGAAGGGAUUCUGUUUGUCAUACGGUGUCCUUCCACUCCCUAAGCAGACAUAGGUGAUUUCAGGAGACCAGUGAGGCAGGACCCCCCCCCCCUCCAGCCUCUGCAGACCACAGUGCUCAGUAGUGAGACAGUGCUGCCGGACUGGGCGCUUUCUAGGAGAUAAGCGCCGGCUUUGGAAUUGGGGUGAGUCGUUGAAGGCUUGUCACAGGAAGAGUGUCAUGUGUCCAGGAUCAGAGCAAGGAGAAUGGGAGGCUGGCAGUGGUCCAAGGGAGGAUGAGCAGAACUGAGUACAGACUUUCGGGUCAGCGGGCUAAGACGACCAGCAGGUCCAUCCCUAAGCCAGCCAUUCUCUCCCUACGUUGUAAAUGGUUUGCACAGCAGGAUAACAUCUGUCCUGCCGGGUAGACAGGUACUGCUGGGGCUGAUGGAAGAUCUAACAGAGCCCAGAAGCUUAGAAUCCCUCAAGGAUGUGUUCCAAAAUUCCCUCCUGGCCAUCAGUAGAACCCAUCAGGAGGACCCAAAGUCGCUCCCUCCCCUGCUAGAGCCUCCUACCCACCCACUGCUUGGCACCGCGUGGAGAUACCAUUUCCUCUGCCCAUGAUCCCCACCAUCUGGCUCCAGCUUAUUUUAAAAGUCGAGGGAAAGAGCCAGGCACAAGCCUGCAGCUCCGGCAUUUGGGGGCCUUGGGCAGAAUCCUCUCCAGUUCCAGGCAGACUUUAGACUGUACUGGAAAGAGCGAGAGAGAAAAGCUAAGCUCUCUUCCUCCUUCCCACUUCCCAACAUCCCCAAGAGAAGUGAAGUAAGCGGGUACCUGCUUCAGACAGUUGAGCCCUGGGAAUCUGCCUGGCCACACCCACUACCAAGUACAGACAGACAUUUGGUUCCAGACCCUCAUCAUCCAGGCUCCCACUGGAUCCUGCAGCAGACACACCCUUGUUCAGUCCUGACUGUCUCAAGUUCAGAGCGGGUUUCAGUCCCUCUGAACAGAUCACCCUGGACACUCACCCUUCCCCCAGCUGAAGCACAUGGUUUGCGCCACCCAUGGACAGGCUCCACAUCUGUGGUGGAUAAGCACUAGUGUCUCCUGCCUGAGGUACAACUCACUCUAAACCCUGAGCCCCCUCACCUCUGGAAACAGACAGCCAGACAGAAAGAAGGGUUUCAUGCCAAUAAUUUAUUGAACGGAGGUCUGUACACAGGCAAACCUUACUGUGGAAACUAAGACACCAGGGGCUCUCCCUACUCCCUCCUUCCAGGAUGGGGAGAGGGUGGGAGCCUUGGGAGCAGAGGACAAGAGGGGGUACAGCUGAGGGGGGUAGGUUGGAUGGUGUGAAUCGACGUUUUUCUUUAAGAAAAAAAUUAUAACAAUCUAUUUACACCCAAGGGGCCAGGGAAGGGAAGAGGAGGUGGGCUGGGCUGGUUCUAUUUACAAGGGACACAGGAGGGGGGAAGGAGUGGUAGCCUGGGGAGGGGAGGGGACCAAGGGGGUAGAAGGUCCUCUUACCCCCACACCCCUGUCCUUCCUUCUCUUCCCUCCCCACAGCCAGUUAAAAUCCUCUUUAAAAAGCCCACCACAAAGGUGAGGCUGAGGGAGGGGCAGGAUGUCGGGGUAGGAGUUCAUCACCCCUGCCCUCUACAGGGCCCAGCCGGGCAGGAGCUUGGUGGGCUAUGGCCCCCCUCCCGGCCCCACUUGGGGGUUCCCGAUGGAUGUGGAGGGGUAGUCGGUGGGGCCCUCAAGAAGAGUUAGCCAGGGUAGCUGUGGAAUCAGGUGUCUGCCAGUCUGGGCCGGUCUGAGUCUCAGUUAAAGCUGGAGGAGGGAGGGAGGGGUGGACAGUUAGCCUUUGCCAGGAGAGCAGAAGGUGUUUCAAGACACUGCAAGAAGCUGACAGCCGUGACUUCAGGUUCAGGGCUGCAAACUCAGGUGCCAGAGGGCCAGCUUGGCACUGAAGUGGCUCACAUCAGGGAGCCAGGCUCCACAGGAGGAAGGGCAGCUGGACAGAGCUCCAGCUGCUGUCAGGACACGGGCACACCCACAGCUGCCAAGUCCAGUUCUCUUCCCCACAGAAACAAGUUUGGAUUUUUAUCCAAAAUGGCCCAAUCUUUCUUUAAAUGCGGGCAACUUUCUGUUUAUUUGUUCAGACCAAGAAAUGUUUGGUCUUCUAGUUGGCACUUAAACACAAAUGUGGGCAGCACUGCCCUGUAAAGCUGGUUGCUGACAGGCUGUAAGAUAUGCCUUCUGUGCCAUCAAAUAACGACAAAUGACACCCUGUGGGAAACUGCAGAUGCCAAAGACAGCCCCCAUUUCACAGGGGCUGCUUUAACUCACUUACCUUGUGAGGUCGAGCUGAGGGUAGCAGGGCCCACUGGGGGCCUCAAGUGAGGAGGGAUGAGAAUGGCAUUGAGAGACGGUUGGAUGGAGAGUUCUAGACACACACAGGAAUGGACAUGCCCAGUCAGGGAAAGGCAGGGCAUUGGGAGAGCCAGUUAGGGUUAGGAUGUAGCACCAGGGACCCAGUCACUGGAAAGGGCCUAGCAUCCAGCCGGGGUGUGGAGACAUCUGGCUGAGCCCAGGGCUACCCUGUACCCCCUCAGCUCCCAGUCCCGUGUCCCCCAAGUCUCCUAACUGCACAGGCCCCAAACUGUGCUCUCACCACCAGGACUGAAGUUGAAGAGCGGGGGAAGCGGGCGGUUGUUGGGGAGCUGGGUUCCAAGACACCGCAGUUCAUCAAAGAAGCUGUGGGCGCAGGCCUCUAGCGGGGAGAGCCUUGAGGAUGGAGUGUAUUCCAGCAGGCUUGAGCAGAGCGCAAUGGCCUCAGGUGGCGUCCGGGAUUUGAACACCUGUGGGUGGGGUUAAGCGUGUAGGUGCUGUUGCACUGUGGAGUGCCUCAUAGUGUGCGUCCAUGGCUGCCUGCCUCCCCGACACCCACCUCCCCAAUAAGGAAACAGGCACAAACACUGAACGGGGCAGCUAGCUCAGUUUCCUCGCCACUACAUGAAGUGUAUUUAUCUAUGGGUUCUCAACUUUUAAAUUCUAUAAACUUAACAAUGUCAAA